GAUAAAUCGAGCAUAAAGUGGCCAGAAGACAGAUUUUUUUUUUGUUGCUGUUGCUUUUGCUAUGGGCUUUUUGCCGAGGCAUUCCGGUUUGUGAGAGGAUUGGGAAGGGUAAGGAAAACCUCGUUAAACUGGAGGGUGAUCGUCUGCGUAGCUAAAGGGAGGAGUGUUUCUCAGGGAUGCUCACAGUGACCGUCGAUGGAGCCUAAGUGGUGUGUUUGGCCCUACUCGCGAUCUGGAGAAAAUGACUUGAAUUCCUGUAUCCCUGCCUUUCGCCAGGGGAUAAUUCUUUCCUACCAUGCUGAUUGUUGGGAGGAUUAAAGAAAAUUCUCUUGGUCAACAAGAUUAUCCUGGCGCAGGUCCUUGCAUUAGAGCUGGGGAAACAGCUCUGAUUUGAAAAAACUAGACAUCUCUCUCCAAGUACCUGGCAGAGAACCACAAGUUAUUUUCUACAGAGCUGUGGAAUGUGCACUUGGAAGUCCCACAAAGCAGACAGAAGAUGCUCCAAACCAGCAACUACAGCCUGGUGCUCUCGCUGCAGUUCCUGCUGCUGUCCUAUGACCUGUUUGUCAACUCCUUCUCCGAGCUCCUCCGAAGGGCUCCUGUCAUCCAGCUGGUGCUUUUCAUCAUCCAGGAUAUUGCAAUCCUCUUCAACAUCAUCAUAAUUUUCCUCAUGUUCUUCAACACCUUCGUCUUCCAGGCUGGCCUGGUCAACCUCCUGUUCCAUAAGUUCAAAGGAACCAUCAUUCUGACCUCUGUGUACCUCGCUCUCAGCAUCUCCCUUCAUGUCUGGGUCAUGAACUUGCGAUGGAAAAAUUCCAACAGCUUCAUUUGGACAGAUGGACUUCAAACACUAUUUGUGUUCCAGAGACUAGCGGCUGUGCUGUACUGCUACUUCUACAAGCGGACAGCUGUGAGGCUGGGCGACCCCCGCUUCUACCAGGACUCACUGUGGCUGCGAAAGGAGUUCAUGCAAGUCCGAAGGUGACCGCUUCAUGUCCUGUGGAUGAAUGCCUUUCCUUCCUGGUAGAAGCCGCCUGGGCUGCUCUCCAGGGAAGGACAUGGACGUCCUAGGACAUGCUCAGCCUUCAGGAAGGAGGACUCUCCAGGCAUGGUUGGAAACCGAGGCAGGAGAACUGCUGUGAGUUCGGCUACCCUGGGCCUACCUAGUGAGUUCUAGGAUAGCCUGCAGGAGGAGACUCUCUCAAAAAGAACACCUUCCCUAUUCCAAAUUAAAGUUGUUUCCCUGAGACCAUAGGACAAAGGGCAAUCUUGCCUCCUACCUCUGUCCAUCCAGUCUCUUCUCCCCCUGCUCUCCUGAUACCGUACCUGAGUGACUGGGGGCUGCAGACAAUGCCGGCAUGUCCUCCUGACUGACCACACCUUGGUCCUUUAGAUUUUAUACCCAGGUACUUUUUUAUAGUUCUAAAAGGUAAUAAAUUGAAUUCUUGUUUU